AGGUUUCGGCAAUCAUGGAGUCAAAAUCUUCUUUUACUUUGUAAUACUGGCUACAAUAAUAGGUACCGAAGUCCAUUAAUAUUUCGGGAUAUAGGUGUUGACAUCGGUUUUGCUAUAUUAUGGAUGAUUUCAGGUUUAACCAUCAUUUUUCCAGUAUAUCAUGGUAUAACUUCGUGCAAUAAUACUGGACAAUCUGCGCGAAUACUAGGUUGUCAAGCAUAUUUUGCAAGUAUAUUUUGUUGUUGGACAACUUCGAUUUUAUAUGCAAUUACUAGUUUAUUAUCUUGGAGAUUAAGUUUGGAACAUAAAUUUAGAGGUGCAAACACUCCUAGAACUCCUAGAACUCCUAGAACCUUUAUAGUUUAA